UUUCAGUUUUCAGUUACAUUGUGGAUUCCUUAUAGUUCAGUUCGUUUGCAUCUCUGGAAAAUGUCAAAGUUUCCGGCUCGUUUUGCAGUGUCUUUGCCUAAAUUGAUGAGGCCAAGUGGCAGCUAUUGUAUCUCACACAGAUCGCAGCAUUCAUUGGUGCCAUCUUCAAACCAAAAUGAUUCGGAUCAAUUUGCCGAAGAAUGGAAAACAGCAAUGCCAUACGAACAAUUGCCUGGACCAACUAGAUUGUCUCUCUUCCUUGAUUUUAUGCCUGGUGGUAAAUACAGUAAUAGGGGGAUCAAAGAGGUUAUAAGGAUUUACCAUGAAAAGUACGGAAGUAUCUAUAAAAUACCGGGAAUGUUCGGUAAACAGGAUAUUGUAUUCACUUUCGAUCCAAAGGACUACCAAACACUAUUUCGCACUGAAGGAAUCUGGCCCCUGCGAUUGGGAUUGGAUAGUGUAGACUUUUAUAGGCAUAAACGUCGUCCGGAUGUAUUUAUCAACGGCGGCCUGGGAACUGAGCAAGGUAAACUUUGGGCUGAUAUGAGGUCAGCUGUGAAUCCGGUGAUGAUGCAGACGAAAAUAGUGCAACUGUAUAUUCCAACAAUCGACAAGGUUGCAGAUGAUCUUAUUCAAAGAAUGAAGGUAAUCCGUGACCCAGUCACAUUAGAACUACCAGCCAAUUUCGAGGACGAACUUAAUCGAUGGACCUUGGAAGCUAUUUGCGUUAUAGCUCUCGAUACACGUUUAGGCUUGAUCGGAAAAUUGGACAAAAAUAGCAAGGAGCAGAAAUUUAUUAACGCUGUGAAAGCAUUCUUUCGACUCAUAGAUGAGCUUGAUGUAAGGCCAUCAUGUUGGAAAGUUAUCAGAACCCCAAAAUUUUAUGAAAUGAUGAACGCCAGCGAAGUCAUAACUGAAUUCGCAAUUGAGCAUAUCCAAGUAGCAAAGAAGAACUAUGAGUCCCGAAAAACAUCUAUCAAAAAUAUGAAGGAUGUGGGUGUGCUUGAAAGACUUAUUGAAAUCGACUCCAGGGUUGCUACGGUCAUGGGCAUCGAUAUGAUUACGGCGGGCGUGGACACGACAAGUUCAGGAUUAGUAAGUACGCUCUAUAAUCUCGCCCUUAAUCCGGACAAACAAGAGCUUGCUCGCCAAGAAGUUCUUGAAAAAUUGCCUCAAAAGGAUAGUCUUCUAACGGCUGAAAAUAUGAAACAUAUGCCAUAUCUGCGAGCUUGCAUUAAAGAGUCCUUCAGACUAACACCUGUCGUCGAUUCAACUUUUCGUGGUGCCGGGAGAGAUCUAGUUCUUCAAGGAUAUCGAAUUCCAGAAGGUACAGGUGUUGCAAUGCAAUUAUGGCAUACACAAAUGCAAGAUCAUGUUUACAACCAAGCUGCUAAAUUUUUGCCAGAACGAUGGUUGAGAAGCAACAAAAAGUCCAAAUCAGUCGAAAAUGAAGUUGAAAAAUGUCCUUUGGAUGAGCCAAUAAUGCCAUUUACAUAUCUUCCAUUCGGUUUUGGACCACGCAUGUGUAUUGGCAAACGAUUCGCUGAGUUAGAAAUAGAAGCUCUACUGUCGAGAAUUAUAAGAAAUUUCAGGAUAGAAUGGCAUCAUGAACCAUUAAAAUUUCGAACGAGCACAAUAAACAGCCCAAUUUCCCCGCUACAGUUUAAAAUGAUUGAUUGUCAGCUAUGAUUGUCCAUUGAAGAAGUAUCCGUGCAAACGAUAGUUUGCAGGUGACUUCAACGCCUUAUCAAAUAGUUCGUUAUUAUUCUCUAAUAAAGUUAUUAUUUACCCUAUCGUCAA